GUUAAAGUUAGGAAACGUUCAGCUUGAAGCGGAUUUAACAUGCAGCACAAUCUUGUGGCCGUUUUUCUUUUUGUUGUUGGUGUCAGUGGUUAUCGGCAAGACACUUUGGCCGGUGCCUGUACCCAGCCCAAAGACGUUGGCCCGUGCGACGCCAUCAUACCAAGAUGGUACUUCAACAGCGCGACCCACUCGUGUGAAGCCUUCGACUACGGCGGCUGUGGCGGCAACGACAACAAUUUUCUCACCCAAACCGACUGCCUCACCAGGUGUGUGACACACCUGGGCUGAGAUGAAUAUACGACAAGGGGAAUCAGUGCCUAAACUAACAU